GCACGGCCUCAAUCAUCAGAGGUCGAAGAUACCGAUGAACCAAAAUUCCUUGAAGGACGUGGGAGGUUGAUGGGCGAUGGAUGAUGCGCAUUGGCAGAUGUCGACGGAUAGACAUUUAUUGUUGGAAGAAGAACUGCUUUGGUAGGAGAGAAGAGAAAGAGUGGUACUGAUUAUCUGUGAAGAAGAAGAAGAAGAAGAAGAACCAUGAUGCUUGCAAGUAGAGCUUGUGCCAAGGCAGUUUCACGCCAGAACUGUGUGCGUGCCUUUUCCACGGCCGACAAGGGUUGGAUUCCCAAUGUUUCGUUGGAUACCGAUAUUGUCCAUGGCGGGAUUGUUCCCUGCGAAAAGACGGGUGCCAUCUUGACCCCCGUAUACCUGUCCACGACAUUUGUGCAGGAAAGUGUGGAUAAAUACUUGGACAAGGGAUUCUCGUAUUCCAGAACCAACAAUCCCACGGUAUCUGUGCUAGAGCAAAAAGUGGCCCACAUUGAGAAUGGCCACGGAUCCAUCUGUGUCGGCACUGGCAUGUCAGCAACGGCUGCCUGUAUCAAUGCCUUUAUGAAAACGGGGGACCAUUGUGUCAUUACCAACUGCAGUUAUGGUGGAACCAAUCGCAUUUGUCGUGAACAAUUUCAACCUUUUGGGAUGGAAUUUUCGUUUGUCGAUUUUACCGAUCCGGCCAAUGUGGAAGCGGCCAUCCAGCCCAAUACCACACUCAUCUUUAGCGAAUCACCCACCAACCCCACCAUUACCCUGGCGGAUCUAGAUGCCAUUUCCGAAAUUGCCAAAAGGCGCGGAAUCUUGCACGUCUGUGACUCCACAUUUGCCACUCCCUACGUCAUGCGACCCCUGGAUCACGGCGUCGAUCUCACCAUUCAGUCGUUGACCAAGUACUACGAUGGACACAACAUGGGCGUCGGGGGAGCUCUUAUUGCCAAAACACCCGAACUCUACGAACGCAUCAAGUUGGUACAAAACAUGCACGGAUCCAUCAUGUCACCUAUGACUGCCUACAUGAUGUUGCAGUCCAUGAAAACCAUGGGAUUACGCAUCAGACAACAAUCCAGUUCCGCCAUGAAAAUUUGCACCUUUCUGGAAUCGCACCCCAAGGUGGAACGCGUCCGAUAUCCCGGAUUGGCAUCGCAUCCGCAAAAGGAAUUGGCCGAUCGUCAACAUCGCGAUAAUUUGCACGGUGGCAUGGCCAUGUUUGACGUUGUGGGUGGAGACCAGGCUGCCAUUAAACUCAUGGAUACCAUCAAACGACCCUGGACGCUGUGUGAAAAUCUAGGUGCCACCGAAUCCAUCAUUACCGCCUGUGCCGUCAUGACGCAUGCCAAUAUGCUACGGGAAGAUCGUAUGAAGGUGGGGAUUACCGAUGGUUUCAUCCGAAUCUCGGUGGGAAUUGAAGAUCCCGACGAUUUGAUCCGUUCGUUAGAUGAAGCGCUGAAUCAGUUGUAAGUAAUUCUGAUUGUUAGUUAUCACUAUGGAACGGAGGAGAAAGUGCUUGGAGUAGAGUUAUAAUAAAUGAGACGAAGGAAAACUCCUUGGCCAUUCGGAUGGAUUGAUUGGUUUGAAGAAGGAAGAAUGUGUGUGAAUGGCCCAAUGACGGAAGAGACAAUUUAUUUCCGACGGCAAUGGAAUCAACUGGCGCCAAAGGAGGUUUUUCUGCUGAGAGAGCACUGAUACAUACAUAAAAAAUGAAUCCUAUUAAUAUUGCCGGAUAUAGCUGUGUUCUGGCUUCCAGUAGGACUGUGUAGAGCUAUCACAGAAUGGUUUGCUUCAAACGCAAAGGUUCCGCAAAGCAAAAUCGUUCUCUACAAAAGGUUUGGAGUAGGAUCCAUGCAUUUUGCAUCAUUUCAGGCUUUGGAUCAUGUCAGGCGGGACAAUUUUACCCUGACCCCUAACCAGUGUACCGGUACGGAUACCAGCAGAGCUGUCAAGAAAUCCUGCCUAGCAUCAUUGAGGCGUUGUCUCCACACGCAUAUCCGUUGAGGCUUUUUGUUGUUUGCUACAGCGGAUGUCUGGCCAGCACCGGUAGAGACCAACAGUACCGUACAUAAAGC